AUGGUCCGCAGAUCCUCCAAAGCAACAAUAACAAAACCUACGCCAACCAAGCCAUCCGCUGCGUCGCAAACACCAUCCACGCCAACAACCCGGGACAUAAGUCAAGGGGCGGCGCUGCUCAACAACCUCGAGCAGCAGCGAAAAGACAAGAGGUCUCGCUACUCAACUGUCCUCCCCGAAGAACCCGACAAUGACGCCUACUCGACGUCCCCCUUCUUCGACAGCUUUGAGUCCACUCAGGGGCCCGAAGGAAUUCACACGAUGUCGAACUUCACACCAUCCGAAUUCAACUUGCUUGCAACCAGCAUGCACUUGAUCAUGCAAACUAUGGUGCACUUCAUCUAUAAUCUUCCAACAUUUCACUAA